UCAUACAUAUCCCUCCAGUAUCAGUACAGUACAUGUCGAUGGGGGCAUUAAUGAAUCAACAUCCGGUGUUUAAGCUGAAAACGACAUUUGGAAACAGAUGGGAUGAAAACAAAUGAAGCUUUCAAGAAUGGAUUUUACUGCAUGACGUGUUCUAGUUAUAUUGUCUUCUCAGUGAAAAUUCUGGCCACUGACCAGUUUAUAAGAUUGUGUGGAGAUGCCUCGGUAACGAUAGGUACGGUCCUGUUCUACAACAGCAUGCUCGGGAGUGGACUACGCCUCUACCAGUCAAGGACACUCAAAAAAGCAUCAGAACCAAAGAAAAUUCUCUAUUCUCUCUACGGAUCCAUGAUGUUUAACUUUGGAUCCGUUUUGUUUUGGGGAUGUUGUAAACGUCUGCUACCCCGGAAUGUGACGUUACGUGCUCUUUUUGGAACACUUUCUGCUUGUUUUCUGUUGAUAGUUGGACGUGACUUUUUAUUAUUUACAGAAAACAACUGCUCAUAAAUAUGCUUUACAUUACAUCAUUUUCCCCAAUAAUUU